CCUGACGAAAUAGAGCAGGGAGGAGGAGGUAUUCCUCUUCGGGAAACACAGGACAAGCGGAAGCUGCAUUACGUCCGAUCAUGACGCAACAAAGCGGUGCUGGGUCACCCCAGCAGUUCUGCCUGCGCUGGAACAAUUAUCAGACCAAUCUGACCAACGUCUUCGAUCAGCUCUUACAGAGCGAGAGCUUCGUGGACGUGACCCUGGCCUGCGACGGGCACAGCGUGAAAGCCCAUAAAAUGGUCCUGUCGGCCUGCAGCCCGUACUUUCAGGCGCUCUUCUUCGACAACCCUUGCCAGCAUCCGAUCGUCAUCAUGAAGGACAUCAAGUGGCCGGAGCUCAAGGCCGCGGUCGAGUUCAUGUACAAGGGCGAGAUCAACGUCUCCCAGGAGCAGAUCGGGCCGUUGCUCAAGGUCGCGGAGAGCCUCAAGAUCCGCGGCCUUGCGGACGUCAAUAGCGAGCAGGAGCUGACGUCCAGGCCGACUCUGGAGGAGGUCGCGACCGCGGCGUUGCAGCGGAAGAAGCGACGCCGGAUGUCCGGCGAUCGUUCGCCGUCCGGCAACAGCCCGGAGCGCGUCGGCUCCGGCAGCAUCGGCCCCGACGAUCAGGACGUGAUUGGCAGCGGCAUCGUGCCCGAGAUUCAUAGCAUGGUGCCGUCGACGGCCAGCUCGACCCCAAGGUCCCUCGGCUCGCCCAGCACGCCCAGCAUCUCCGUCACGCCGCAGAUCAACCUGCAGGAACUUCCGGUCACGCUGCCCUUACCGCCACCCCCGCCGCCACCGCCGCAGGGACAGCAGAGCUCGCACUCCCUGUCGAGCCACCACGUGCCCGGCCACGUGACUUCCGGUCCGCACGCGCCCGUCAACCACCUGGGCGGCCACGGUCAGCAACUCAGCGUGCAGCAGCAGCAACAGCAACAACAGCAGCAGCAGCAGCAACAGCAGCAUCAUCAGCAGGGCGCCGGUGGUCAGCCCGGCGCCGACGAACUCGAGAUCAAGCCCGGCAUCGCGGAGAUGAUUCGGGAGGAGGAAAGGGUGAGUCGAGUUUUCUUUAUCUACGAUUCCUCCUUUUUUCCUUAUCUCCGUAAUGCGAGUGAAAAUAGUUCAUUACUAGAGAAUUGA